GUAUUGGGCGGCCGCUUGGAGGAUGUGAUCGGGGAGGAGUCCGCCUCCCGGGAGUAAUGCUGAGGCCGGGACCCCGGGCAUCAUCAGAUUUUCCAAAUCCACAACAUGUGUGAACGUCUUCAUCUGAGUUUCCCAUCGCUGUGCCAGUAACCGGUAUCCUCCAGGCCGCCCUUUCCUGCCGCUGUCUCUGCGUCUGACAUCCCUCUCCCACCUAGCGGUUCCUCGUUCCUACAGAGCCCCACCUGUAGCUGCUGAGCUGCAGGCAUGUCAUUGUAUCCCCCAACACGGGCGACAGCGACACCACCUCCCUCCUCGCCCUACCUGACGUCUGCCACUCAGGAUCGCCCAGGGAGGAGACUCUGCAGGUGAGAGAUGGAAGAUGACGGCAAGAAGGGGAAAAAGCAGCCUGGAAUCGUGUCCCCGUUUAAACGGGUCUUCCAGAAGGGCGAGAAGGGUCGAGACAAGAAGGCUCAGGAGAAGGUGACGGAACGGCGGCCUCUGCACACGGUGUCUGCGUCCCAGCCCGAGCAUCGCGUGGAGCCGGACCUGCUGCUCAACGAUUACAUUGAGAAAGAAGUCAAGUACUUGGGGCAGCUGACCUCUAUUCCCGGAUACCUCAAUCCUUCCAGCCGGACAGAAAUCCUGCAGCUCCUGGACAACGCAAAGAGACUACACCAGCUCCCCGCACAGCUGACCCAGGAACAUGACGCCGUCAUCAGCUUGUCUGCGUACAACGUCAAAGUGGUGUGGCGGGACGGAGAGGACGUAAUACUCCGAGUUCCCAUUCAUGACAUCGCUGCCGUCUCCUACAUCCGAGAUGACUGUCUGCAUUUGGUGCUUCUGAAAACGGCACAGGAUCCCGGGAUCUCUCCCAGCCAGAGCCUGUCCGCAGAGAGUGCCAAAGUCCUCACCUCCGGAUCACUGUGUGAGUGCGGGACGGGCCCGGUAGAAUCGUGCUGUCUGGUGAUCCUGGCUACUGAGAGUAAGAUGGCCGCUGAGGAGCUGUGCUCGCUGCUGGGCCAGGUCUUCCAGAUUGUCUACACCGAAUCCACCAUCGACUUCCUAGACAGGGCCAUAUUUGAUGGUGCGUCCACUCCCACCCGCCAUAUGUCCUUACACAGCGAUGACUCGUCCAGCAAGCUGGAGGGGAAGGAAGCCUACGAGGAAGUCGGGGCCUUCUCCUUCCAGGGCUCAGUGGAUGGCGAUGGAAAUUCUCCUAAUAACAAGACGGCCAGCGAGAGCGAGCUGAGCGCCACGGCGGCGGAGCUGCUGCAAGACUAUAUGAUGACGUUAAGAACCAAACUUUCCUCACAAGAAAUCCAGCAGUUUGCAAUGCUCAUCCACGAGUACCGGAACGGGGCGUCCAUCCACGAGUUCUGCAUCAAUCUGCGGCAGCUGUACGGGGACAGCAGGAAGUUUCUGCUGCUCGGUCUCCGGCCGUUCAUUCCCGAGAAGGACAGCCAACACUUUGAGAACUUCCUGGAAACCAUCGGUGUGAAGGACGGACGGGGGAUAAUCACGGACAGCUUCGGAAGGUACAGACGGACGAUGAGCACCGCCUCUAACUCCACCACAAACGGCAACGGUGCGGCGGAGUGCUCGGAUGACCAGUCGGCGCCAUCGGAAGGAGACGAGUGGGAUCGCAUGAUCUCUGACAUAAGUAAUGACAUUGAGGCCCUUGGGUGCAGCAUGGACCAAGACCUCCCACCAGGACCCACUAACUAUUCCUGACUCCACGAGGUGCUAACGAGCCAGUGUCUGUGGGAUCUCAUCACCAGCAUUUACAGUGGCCCUAUAGAGGCACCGGUGCGCGUUCCGCUACUGCCAACAGCGAGCCACAUCCACGUUUUUACAUUAACCCCACGAGCAUUUCAUUUUUAUCUGUCGCCGUAACAUUACCUUAAGUUAUCCGAGAGAGCGAUGAUGGUGCCCAAGUUUUGUUGGGCCUGUAAAGUGUACAUGAGAGACGGGAGAACUCUAUACCCUAAAGUGCAUUUGUUACAACUCCUGUACGAUCGCCCCCCUGCGCCCCGGCCGGUCGGGAGGGGAUUUAUACCAUGAAGUGAUUUCUGCUUCACACGGACCCUCAUCAUUGUUACACUCGAGACUCCUAUGUAAUAUGUGGCUGCAGAGCAGAAGUUUACCACAAUGUGAAUCUGUGAAAUGCGUGAGCCGGCUGGCGGCCGGCCCCUGAAGGAAUGAGCGCGGAGUUUAUGUUCCAUGUUGAUGACUGGUGUGCGCUUGUGUUUUAUUUCCCCUCAAUGUGUACUAUUGUAUAUUACGUACUCACCAGUGUUUGCCGUCCCGGGACCCUGCGUUUACAAGGACGGGGUCCCCGGGCAAGGAUCGUAUAUUGCUUGCGGGAAAGGAGGGCGCCCUGUGGCGGGGGCGGUCACACGAGCAGGAGCUCAGGCUUGUAGCCCUGGGUACACCUUGUAUUUAUAUUGUUUUGUUACACGGUUUAUACAAUGUCUCUGCUGUUUACAAGGAUUGGCCAAUCUUGCUGCUUGUGUGUUACAGCGUUGCGUGGAUCCCAGUCCCACCAGUUGUCUUAGGCAUGACUUUUUUUCUGUCCCAGUGCCAAAGGUUGUCUCGUCUCUGCGCUGCGGCUGCUUCAGGAUUUGGGGGGGGUUUGAGCAAAACAAUAUCUUUGUAGAUUUAUAUUUUUUCACCUCCCUCCUGCCGAUUAGCGAAGUAUUAAGGGUUUUAGGGCCAUUUUACAGGGUUCUGCGCACAAAACUAUUUACUGUGUGUGGUGUGUUUAUUGUUUUACUAUAGUGGUACCUACACCUCAGUCAGGUACCUACCUGUGUGAUCCACCUGCCGUGGCGCAGGGUGCUGAGCUACAGGUGUGACUGCAAACAAUCACCUGUGGGGUAACCAGGCGCCAUUUUACCCGUGGCAGAAGAACACAGGGGCGUCCUGCGAUACUGUAAUGGUCGCUUUCCACCCCAGCGCCUCUCCGCCACGGCGGGUGUCCAGUGGGCUCACACAGAUGUGCCUAAUGGUCAGCACCUGAGGAAGUGGCCUCGCUCACCCAACUACAAAACACGUAGAACCACAAUAACGUCCUCAUUAAACGCAAUCCUAUGGGGGGGAGGUUUCAUGAAGCACGUUCCUGUCUGCGGCCUGUAAACCUUUCUGCUGCUGCGGCAUUUAAGCCUCUGGUGGGGGGGGGGG